CACUAAUAACCAUAUUUUUAUUCUCAGAUUUGGAUCAAAUUAUUCUGGUUAUGUCUGUAAAAAUGUUAAUAAUCUUUUGCCUGUGUAUUGCAACAGCAAACGCAGCAAACCAACAUGACGAUUUUACAUUUCCUCAACUUUCAGACAACGACGUGAGCUUACACAAACAGUCAAACAGUGGUUUCGGUCUUUUGCUUAUGCACAAUAAAGACCAAACAGAGGAUUUUUCUGCUGCACUUCAUUCUAUUCUUGAUGCGUCAGAAUCAUUAAACAAAAAUGGGGCAAUUGUUGGUGUUCUUAACUGUAAUGAAUCCACAGACGUUCUUUGUGAAGAAAAGGAGGAAAAACUUGUUGUAUACAAAGGUGGAGAAUUUAUUACAUCACUUGAUUUGGGACAUCUUUCAACCCCUGAAACUGCAGAAGGCAAUAUUCUUACACAAUUGUACGAUUCUACUUUCCCUGAUAUUAGUGAAGUUGAAGUGUUUAACAAAGUAUUAGAAGAAGCAAAAUCAAACAAGAAGAACUUGCUUUUAGCUGUGACAGAACCUGCAACACCAUUACACCAGUACCUUCUGAAAACUGCAUUAUCAACCGAUGCUGAUUUGAUGUUUGCGUACACUCAAAAUUCAGACCUUUCAUUCUUCCUUGGUGAUACUGGUAGAGUUAUGAAUAAAAAUGGAGAAUUGUGGGUUGUCAUGUGCUCUGUGGAGACAUCAGGAGAAUGCCCAUAUUUCCAAUACAAAGGAGUUAUGACAGCCUAUGGUAUUAAAUCACUUCUUGCACAUAUGCAAUUGCCAUAUUUCUCUAUUCAAGCUGAAAACACAAACUCAUUGUCAGCUCAUAUUAAUUCUGGGCUAGAAAAUGGUAGAGAUGUCGCUAUCCUAACAGCUGGUGCUGGGAAGUUGGAAAGAGCAGAGAAAUUAUCUGAAAUGUUGUGCAGUGUUAGUUAUCCAUACAGCAAAUGCCUCUUUGUAGAUGGACAAAAGGUAGAGACACCAAAUGUUGCAAUUCCAAACAAAAUUAAAGACGGAAGAAUCUACAUGUCAUUUAAAACACAACCAGACAUAGAACAAGAGAUUGUGGUGGGAUACCUGGGAUCAGAGACCUUGGGAGAGGUAGAGCAACACUUCCAGAGGUUGGAUCAGCAUCGCAAGAUCUUGGACAGGAGCUUGAGGUUCCGUUAUUCAGACGGAGAUCUUCCUCCAAGCAAGAGACGGCCAAUUCGCGGAAGUGAAGAAGUGAAUGGAGAUGACGAAAAUGAGGUGUUGUUGCCAGCAAGAUGAAGAUUCAUACAAUGAGGAUCCAAAAUACGCCCAAGAAGUCCAAGAUGACGCCGUUAUGCAUGCUGUGCAUACUAACAAGGAACUUAAGGACUUGUACCUUUAUGAUUUCAAAUCUUACUCAAGGCUCACAGACAAGACAUAUGAGGCAGUUACCAACGGAAACGAAUAUGCUGUCAUCUUAUUCACACAUGAAUUCAAUCCAAAGGCCCUUGCUGCCCUUUCAUCAUUCAUUGGAAUUCACCGUACUUACAAAGAAGGCUCCCCACUCCACAGAGUUGAGUGUUUUGACUGGCCUGAUGUUUGCCAAAAAGCCGGUAUCACAACUUAUCCAAGAAUGUUCUUUUACCGACCUGGUAGCGACAGAAAACCCAUUGAAUACCAUGGUAUAUGGAUGCAAUCUGAGAUGGAAAAUGCAAUUAACAGGCAUGCUCUACCAUGGCCAAGAAUUAUCACAAAAGAAAAAGAGCUUGAAACUAUGAAACCUCAUUCAAGACCUGUUGUAUGUGGUCUUAUUGUGACUGAUCAAGGGGAAAAGAUCUUUACUGAGGCAGCACAGCAGCUCGGCAGCGACUAUGAAGUCAUUAUGUUCAAGAAACUCGCACUCAACGCUAUCAAAUCUUAUGUGAAGGCAAAGAACUGGGAUGGAAAAUCCGAUUUGGUUGCUGUAAAUAUAAAGCACAAGUUCUUGCCACACACACAAACCUUCACAUCGGUUGAUGAGGUUAAACAGGGGGUUGCCACUGCUCUUGAACAGAAAUGGACCGAAAUGACAGUUGUAAACUUCCAAAAACUGAUGUCUGCUCCUGAACCACUUGUUAUACAAUAUGUUGACAAGUCAGCAAAUAAGAAGGUAGAGAGAGACUUAACCGAUGCCUUCAAGAAAAUUGCAAACAGCAAAGAAUUCGAUGGGAAAAUCAUAUUUACUUGGAUGGAUUCCUCACCCAAUACUCCUGGUGAAUAUGCUCUUAAUAUUCACAGUGGUGGGAAAUGGGAAGGGGCUCCAAUUGUUUUCUUUGAUAAGAAGGGUUCAGUUAUGUUCCGAGAUGUAAUCAAUGCUGAGAAUAAAUCAGCUAAAUGGUUGACUGAUUGCUUGGCUGGCAAGAUAGAAGCAACAUAUAAACUUCGAGAUGAGGAAUGGAAGGGACGUCUCCCUGGUUACGAUCUUCUUCAAAUAAUGAAGGAUGAAGGAACUUAUCCAGUCUUCCCCAAAAAGGAAGUGGAAGAAAAACAAGAAACAGUUCCAAGGGGACCUGUUCACUCUGGCAAGCAGAAAAAGGUUGUUCCACAAGAACCAAAGGAAGAAGGAAACCAACCUAAACACACAGAGUUGUAAAUCUCUUGUGUCCACACCCAUGGUCGCCAAUGUGCCAAAAACUACAUGUCAAAGCAACGUUACAACAAUAUUGAAUGAAAAACUCCAAAAGUUGAAAUUUUUGCCAAAUGUUUGAAACACUGUCAAAAGUGCUUUAUUUUCGUUGCUAAUAGUUUUAUCAAAUUUUUUCAAUGCGGAUUUUAAAAACUGCGGUAUCACUUUUUCUACUUUUAUGUGUUUUGUGCAAUGGAAGAGAUUACUUGCCUUUAAGAGAUUAGUCAUAACACUUCGUUUGAAUAUUGUCAUUUUGUACAGAAAUACAAUUACAGUUACUGAG